GCUUCCGGACUUGUCGUUCGUUGAGUGAGUGGGCGCGAGGAAACUGAAGCUUCGAUCCCGCAGAGGUCGCGUGGCCCCGGACAUGACUCGUCUCACGGGGCCUCUCUUUGUCUCGCUCCCCCUUUCGUUGCCACUUUCUCCCUCUUUGUCGCUCUCGGAAACGAUUUUGCGAGUCGAGGAAUAUAAUGGCGGGAGCAGUUCCGGACCUUGCCGGAUUGCCGCUCAAACGAGGGAGCGCUGCACUCACUAUUUAGCGGGGUUAGUGAUGACGGAUGGCAGCCAGUUUGCCGAUAAAACUCACCGAGCUCCAAUCCCGUAUGAAUGUACAAACCCGCGUUACGUCUCAUUGAAAAGCGCCGCCACACGCUCGCGAGAAACUCCCAAUUCGGCUUAUGUACCCGUGAGCAACACCUGUCGCGAUUUGGAGAAUGCCGUGAACGAGAUGGAAAUUCGCGCGCUCAAACGUGGCGAGGCUGAACCAGCUUGGGCCUCUGAAGCUGCACCUCGACUUCUGAACAUGUACUGUCAUCGCGGGUACAAUGACAACGUAACAGGUUUUUGCAUUUGCGAGGACGGAUGGACGUCGCAACAGUUGAAGAAUAUCGAGCCGACGAACGAGUAUAUUCACAUGUGCAAUGUCCGUUUGAAUCGAUUCCCGAAUCUCCACGGGCAUCCGGUUGAGAUUCUGCUCAUCGUUAUCGCCGCUUUCCUAGGUACUUUAGUAGUUUUUUUCUGUUGCGCAAUGACCUUUGUCGUGCGUGGAUUCAUACCGUCGCGUACGUGCGUCGAUUGUGGACAACAAACCGGGGGUUCGGCUUAUUUCGGGAGUUCAUCAAAGAGCUCGGCUCCUUCGGUGUACUCGCACCGUAAACAGAAAAAAAUUGGUGAUCGAAACUCUUCGACAUCCUGCCCAAGAUUUCGAUAGCGAAAAAUCUCGGCUUACAAACACAAAUUUCCAAAAAUCAGUUAUUCAAAUUGGAAGCUCAUCGAACGUAUAAGAAUAUUUAUAUUUUUGUAAUUCGUUAAAAAUGAUUAUUUAUUUCGUUUUCAUGACUCUCAUUAUUAGAAAAUUGCUUAAACGUUAUAAUGAAAAAAAAAACGAAAAAAAAUAACACGCCCUGCCGAAACCCGGGAUUGAACCGGGGACAUUUAGAUCUUCAGUCUAACGCUCUCCCAACUGAGCUAUUUCGGCGUCGAGGAUAACUUAUCCACUGUGUCAUCAUGUCGAUGAACACUCGAUGGUGGAGCAACAUUUUGUUGAGCAGUUAUUUGUUUAACUUCGACCACGUGUUUUCUUAUUCGUCAUUAUUUCGAUUUUCGACAUUUUCUUUGCUCUUUAUAAUUAAAAAUGGGAAUUGAUGAGAUUUUUUAUGGAAUUUGGGUGGAUUUUAAUUGAAAAAAUGAAUUCCAAUCGAGAGCUUGAAAAACCCAGACAGAGUUCUCCGGGUCCCGGAGACCCGGAGCAGCAACGACGAGAGUCCCAACGGAGCGGAGUCGACUUUGAGAAUCGAUAAAUUAAAAUCA